GCUAAAGAAAGGUAGGGUUAUAAUAUCUAUAAAUAACUUCUUUAGUUUUCUUAUGUUUAUUAUCACAGUCUUGAGACAUAUCUAAUCUCUCCUUAAAAGUUCGCGAGAGUUGGUUGAGUCUGCAUAUAAAUUCAAAUUUUCGAAUUGUUAUAAUUUUUAUUUUAUGUUUAUUGUGUUAUAAUCUACGUACAACAAUUUAAAAUGCCAGUUUUUCAUACAAAAACGAUUGAAUCUAUUUUAGAUCCAGUUGCACAACAGGUUUCAAAAUUGGUAAUUCUCCACGAAGAAGCUGAAGAUGGUAUACCUAUGCCCGACCUUCAACAACCAGUUAGAUCAGUCAGCAAUGCUGUAUUUAAUUUGGUCAAGGUUGGUCGCGAAACAAUCAACAGCUCAGAUGACGCCAUCUUACGUCAAGAUAUGCCAGCAGCUCUUGUCAGAGUGGAGCGCUCUUCCAAGCUAUUGGAAGAAGCUAGUGAUAUGCUUAAACAAGAUCCCUUCUCGUCUCCGGCAAGAAAACGAUUGAUUGAAGGAAGCGGCGGGAUUUUACAAGCAACUUCAGCUCUACUUUUAUGUUUUGACGAAUCGGAAGUGAGAAAAAUCAUCAAAGAAUGCCACAGGGUUCUCGAUUACCUCGCCGUCGCUGAAGUUAUCGAAACUCUAGACGAACUCGUUCAAUUUUUAAGAGACUUAAGCCCUUGUCUUAGUAAAGUUACUAGAGAAGUUAGUGCUAGAGAAAAAGAAUUAACUCAUCAGGUACAUUCUGAAAUUCUGGUAAGAUGUUUGGAACAAAUAAAAACAUUGGCACCGAUAUUGAUCUGUUCGAUGAAAAUUUACAUUCACAUAGUGUCUCAAGGUGGAAAAGGCGCCGAAGAAGCAGCUGAAAAUAGGAAUUAUUUGUGUCAAAGGAUGACUGACGAAAUUAAUGAAAUCAUCAGAGUUUUACAGUUGACUAGCUACGAUGAAGAACAAUCAGAUUUGGAUAAUCUUACAGUUUUGAAGAAGCUACAAAAUGCAAUUGUCAACAAAAUAAACGCCGCUAAUGAUUGGUUGUUUGACCCUACUGCUGUUAGAGGCGGUGUAGGUGAAAAAUCUCUCAGACAGAUUAUUGAUGCUGCCCAAAAAGUAGCAGACAGGUGUCUUCCGCAAGAUGCUCAUUCGAUUAAAAAAAUUUGUUCUGAUCUAACCACCAUGACGGACGCUUUAUGUGAAUUGAGACAAGACGGUAAAGGUGCGACUCCACAAGCCGAAUCAUUAGCUAGAGGAAUCAGGGAUAAAUUAGGAGAUUUACAGCAAGCAGUUAUGAAUGCCGUUGUGGCUGUGGAUAAGACUGGAUUACAACAGACUGCUCAUACUGUACAAGGAAGGUUAGAGCAGGCCAGAAAAUGGUUAUCGAACCCAGGACAUGACGACAAAGGUCUCGGACAAAGAGCAAUAAGUGCAAUUGUAGAAGAAGGAAGAAAAGUCGCCGAUGGUUUACCAGGAGUCCAAAAGGCCGAAAUCCUCCAACUCUGCGACGAAGUGGAUACUUUAUCUCAUCACUUGGCCGAUUUAUGUCGUCAGGGUUUGGGUAAUACCCCCCAAGCGCAGGAAGUAGCCAGACACCUUUCGCAGAAAUUACACGAACUGAAAGAAAAGAUAAAUCAGGCAGUCGUUAAUAGAGUAGUGGAAGAUUUCAUAGAUAUUGUAUCGCCGUUGAAACAAUUCACGGAAGCGACUUUAGCACCUGAAGGUACACCAAAUAGGGAUCAGAACUUCGCAGACAAAGCAGCUAAUUUACAACAGUUCUCGAAUAGAGCAGUUAAGACAGCUAAAAUGGUAGCAGCAGGGGGAAGUUCAGGUAAUAAGAAAUUAGCGGAAGCCCUCCAAUGCGCCGCCAAUCAAGUCGAAAGUCUAACUCCCCAAUUAAUAUCCGCUGGAAGUAUCCGUAUGAAUUAUCCGACGUCUAAAGCCGCCGACGAACAUUUCGAAAAUCUAAGACAACAAUAUGCAGAUACUUUAACUAAAGUUCGUAAUUUAUGCGACGAAGCCACCGAUUCCGGCGACUUCAUCAAAGCCUCAGAGGAGCAAAUGAAGAAACACACUUUCUUAUGUGAAGAAGCCAUAAAGAAUAGACAACCGCAGAAGAUGGUCGAUAAUACUUCUGCGAUAGCCAGAUUGGCUAAUAGAGUUCUCCUUGUGGCUAAACAGGAAAGCGACAAUUCCGAAGAUCCUAAUUUCAUAGAGAACGUUAACGGUGCUUCUGAUCUACUACAAAGCGCUGUUCCACCGAUGGUGCAAGAUGCUAAAUUGGUUGCCGUUAAUCCAGCUGAUUCUAACGCUGCUUCCAAGUGGAGAGAUUCCAAUAAAGCUUUGUUGAACGCCGUUGGACAAGUUCGUCAGGCCGUUCAAGUUAAUCCAGAUCUUCCACCACUACCCGACAUAAAUUCAUUGAAUUUAGAAACAACACCAAACCGUUACUUUAUUGACAAAGUUGGCGAGCCAUUGCGAAAUACACCAACGCCCAGCAGGGAAUCGGGGACUCUGAGUCCCACGCACCAACAACAGGGGCGUAUUAGUCCCUUGCCGAAAUGGGCAAGAGCCGAAAAUUCCGAUUUACUAUGUCAAGAAUUAGCUAGUUCCAACUAUAUUAACGAAACAGGAAGAUCGAGAUUUAUUCCCGAUUAUAUAAUAGAAGACGAUCAAGCACCGCCGCGUCCUCCUUUACCUUACGAAGGAGCUCCAGUCAGACCGCCUCCACCUGAAACCGACGAUGAAGAUGAAGUAUUCAAAACGGCACCGCUCCCAAGUCAACCGAUUAUGGUGGCAGCCCAUAAUUUGCAUAGAGAAGUGAGACAAUGGUCUGCGAAGGACAACGAUCUAAUUGCUGCUGCCCAACGGAUGGCAAAACUCAUGGCAAGAUUAUCGGAACUUGUUCACAACGAUGAUAAAGGUUCCAAGAGAGAAUUGAUAGCUACCGCUAAGGCUAUAGCCGAUGCCAGUGCUGAUGUUACUAGAAUAGCCAAGCAAUUAGCUAGGGAAUGUACCGAUAAGAGAAUUAGAACCAAUUUACUUCAAGUUUGCGAAAGAAUACCAACCAUAGCUACCCAAUUGAAGAUACUUAGUACCGUUAAAGCCACGAUGCUGGGAUCUCAAGAGUUUGGAAAACGAUAUAAAGGAUCAGAAGAGGAUCGAGAAGCUACCGAAAUGUUGGAGGGUAACGCUCAGAAUCUAAUGCAGAGCGUAAAAGAAACCGUAAGGGCAGCCGAAAGCGCCAGCGUUAAAAUACACGCCCAAACCCACGGAAAACUGAGAUGGGUGAGAAAACAACCGUGGUACGCGUACGCUUAAAUAUUCAUCGAAGUAUAUACAUUCGAAGACAACUACCCCAUGAGCUUUUAUACGCUAAUGACACUCGCGUUGUUUUAUAUUGACAGCUAAUGUUAUACCAACUUCGUUUUUUACCUAACUGUUUCUAUUUUAUUAUUUUGUUACUUAUCUAAUUACUAUGUUUUCAGGUAUCGGUCUUUCUAAUACCCAUUUCCACUGUCUUCUUUUCCAAUUCCUUUAGUUAAGUUGUCUAGGACUUUUUAGUCUUUUAUACCUAUUUUCUUCAUUGUCUUCUUCUAAAUUAUCCAAAUUUCAUUAGUUCUGUCUAUUUUUUCUUUUUCUAUUCUUAUUUCUUUCACUAUCUCUGUCUCUGAUGAUGAUUCCUGUCUCUAUUGUACUCAUUUCUUUCAUUAUUUUCGUUUUCACUUCCUCCAAUUUUGCUGUUUUUGUUAUUAUUAUUUUUUAAUGUCUACGUUGUAAGGUGAUUAAUGAAGCUUCAUGGCUCUUAUACAGCUCUGCAUCCUCAUUUCAUUUUCCUCUAUUAUUGCUUCUUAUUUUACCAUUUUUCUUAAUUAUUUGUUUUAAAGUAGCUAAAAAGACUUUAGUCUUUCUUAUAUUAAGUUCCUUAACUGUUUACUCUCUCAACUAUUCUAAUUCAUAUGAUUAUCUUCAUUUUCCUUUAUUAUUCUUCUUCUUGUGUUCCAUUUGCUUGAGUCUACGUUUCAUAGUGUCGAUUAAGGUUCCAAUUUCUCUUAUAUCCACUUCUUAUUUCCCGAUUCCUCUAAUUCAAUUGUUUUUCUUCAUCUAUUCUCAUUUAUUUUGCUAUCACUGUCAGAUGAUGAUUCCUGUCUGUGUUGUACUCAUUUCUUUCAUUAUCUUCAUUUUCAUUUACUCCAAUUCAGCUGUUUCACUUUUCUAAUGUCUACGGUAUCUGAUGAAGGUUCCUGGCUCUAACAAUUAGUUUCCUUUUUCUCUAAUAUUGCUUCUUAUUUUGUCUUUUUUCUUAAUUCUACGUUUCGAAGUAUCAAUUAAGGCUUCGGUCGCUCUUGUAUCAAUUUUUUUCAUAUUCUUUUUUAAUUCUUCUAAUUCAGUAGUUUCUUUUCUUUUUAUUUCUAAUUAUUACACAAGUUAUCUUCUAUUUUCUCUUAUUUCUUCAACAAUUUCUGUUAUCAUUUCCUAUUAGUCUUCCCCAUUUCCUCUUAUUCAGCUGUUUAAUUUCAUUUUUCUCUAUUAUUGUUUCUUCACGUGUUAAUUUUUUUGAAUCAACAUUUUGAAGUGCCAAAUGUGGUUUUAGUUCUCUCUUAUAUCUAUUCCUUUCGUUCCCUUAUCUCCAAAUCCCUCUGAUUCCUGUGUUUCUGUUAUUGCUUCUUGUACUCAUUUCUUCAACUAUUUUCUUUCUCAAUUCCUCUAAUUCACUUUUUCCUUAAUUUUUUUUUCCAUGAAUGUUCCUUUUCCAAUAUCAACAUUUUCAAGUUUCGAAAAAAGUUCCAUUGCCUUUUGUACCAAUUUCUUCUUUGUUUCCCCAAUUCCUUCAAAGUUUUUUCACUUUUCUUCCUACAUCAAACCAUUUCAUCUGAAACUGCAGUUACAGGUGAUGUGAGAAAAGUAUCGAAUACGAUAUGGCAAUAAAUUAGUAUUUGAUGAGCAUUUUAAUAUUUGUUGUUUUCGAAGUUUUGUUAUUAACGUUUGUUAAUUUGUCAAUUUAGUUUUAUUUUUUUGGUAAUUGACAAUCGAGAAAUAUUUAUAAUUAAUAUAUUUACAUAUAGAUUAUAGAUAAAUGUUAACAUAGCACGAAAUCAGUGUAGAUUAAAUACACAAGUGAUGUAGAAGCUGCCUUGCCGAUAAAUUGCUAUUUUUUUAUAAUGUUGUACUCGUAAUAUUUAUCAUAAAAUGUUUUUUCUGUGGAAAAAUUACACAUUUUAAUAAUUUCAGAUAACUUUUUAAAGAUUUUGACAAAAAAAAAAAUGAAAAAACACGUUUUGGUCACCAAAAAAUCUUUUCAUGCAUUAUUUAUGAGUUUUAUUGGAAGUUUUUGAUGUUUUAAUACAAAUUAAACUUUUGGGCAGCUUUAAAAUCUUGCUGGGAUCUUUACCGGUAGAAUCUUAUAUCAAAAUCUUCCUUGGGUACUUAAAAGAGUUAAUAAUUAUAUUAAAUUCUUUCUUAUUAAUAUUCUCGAUUUUUUCUAUCCAAAAAUCUAUAACUUUACCCUAUUUAAUUAGAUAAUUAAAAAUUAGCUAUUGAAGGAAAUAAAGUUUCAUGUUUUCUUAGUGUAGAGUGUAAAAUUCAGCACUGGAAUGAAUCUCGUUGGUCGAAUGAAAUAUUCUCAGAUUUAAAUUCAUUUUAAUUUAUUCUUUUAUUGUUAAAAAUUGUUCAAAAUUGCGUUUGGGGGUAGAAAAUAAUUAAAAAUUAACCUAAAAAUAAUUUUUUUAUAUAUAAAAAACGUGUAAAAAUCUUUUCAAGUUACUUAAACAACAAAAUUCAUGUAUUCUCUCGAGUUUUCAUCUAUUUCUUAGUCACAAAUGUGUAAUUUUUUCUGAUAAUGAUACGAGGACGAGUCCAUAAGUCGGCGAUUUUUAAAGUAAAAAAUUAAUUUCCAAUUUAGGUUCCUUCAAUCACUAAGCAUUUAAUCCAACGUUUCCUCAAAUCUUUUACGCCUUUUGUAGAGCCAUUUCAUCAAGUUUGGAAACAAGAAAUAGUCACUAAAGACUAAAUCGGGAAAAUAAGGAUCAAUUUGUAGAUUUUCAUAUACAUCGAUUAUCCUGGUACAAUAGAACUUUGUUCCUGACAAAAUGUAGUAGUCCUUUUAUCCUUUUCAAAUCCAUCCAAUGAAUUGAUACAAUAUUCGUCGUUUGUUGUUUUACACCUUUUGAUGUGUAUAGAUCCAAAAAAUAUGGGCUACUAUGACUUAUAAUCUUAUUUCCUCUUUAUUUGGUGUUGAAUCACCAUCAGAAUCAUACUAUUUGGUCUUUGGUGUAUUGUGAUGGCCCCAAUUUACGAAAACUUGUACGUAUUGCGGUCAAAUAACAUUGUGGUAGUUUUCCAGUAAAUGUAGUGCCCAAAAGUGACUAAGUCAAGUUUUCCACAAUUUCCAAUCGAGACUAACACCAUAUUUAGACCUCAAUUGUGCUUUUAUAACCUAAAGAAAAUACAGUAAAUCACUUUUUACAUGUAAAAUUAACUAAACGAAGCAGCUUGUACAAAUUGACAGAUUUCUGUUGACAUAUAGGCCGAUCAAGAGAUUAGAAAUUCAUAAAAAAGUCGCGGAUUUAUUGACAGAUCCUUGUACUAGAAAAUUAAGUGCAAUAGUGCCAAAUGUUUUCGUUUUAUUCUGUAAGCAAUAAAAUAAGUGGCUGAAAUUGUUAAACGCUCUUAGAUAUAUUUAUACAAUGUGCAUUGAUUUUGUUUAUUUUUUAUUAUAAUGGAGUGAAAUUUUAUGCGACUAAAUAUAAUAUUUAUUUACACUCA